AAUAAAAACUUGUACCAUUUUACCCCAGCCUAUUUUAUAUGAAUAUUAAAAUGAACAAAACUUGUGGAUAUUCGAUGCAGAUUCCGCUUUAUCAGGAAAGCGAUCUUAACUUGAGGGUUGUGAAAACGACAAUUAUAUCUCUACUUGUCUCAAUCUUAAUAUUCGUCAUCGUUUUGGGGAACUUUCUCAUCGUGGCCGCUGUUUACAACUUUAAGCAUUUACGAACGACUCAAUAUUUUUACGUGUGUUCGCUAGCCACUUCAGAUUUGCUGUUGGGAGUUUUAGUAAUACCGCUGAAUUUAGUGCGAGAAAUGUACGGGUACUGGCCGCUGGGAGAAACAAUAUGCAAGAUACACUUGAGCCUUGACAUAUUGUUAUGCACAGCCAGCAUAUGGAAUCUGUGCAUGAUAAGUAUCAGUAGAUGGUGGAUACUGAGCGCAAAAAGUUGCAGUUUCCUUAGGUCAAUACCGAACCGGUUGUGCAUCUUUAUGGUGGUAUGUGUAUGGAUGUGGUCGGCUUUGGUUUGCGCGUGGUCAUUCGACGCCUAUCAACAGCCUAUCGAUCAAUCAGUAUGCAAACACUCACAAAUGAAGUGGUAUGCCAUAUUCAGCUCAUGCUCGUCUUUCUACGUUCCUCUCAUCAUAAUGUGUUUGGCUUACGGCAAAAUAUCUUGUAUACUGAAAGACCAAGCGCAAAAUACACAGUUACGCAGGUUUGUGCUUUACCGUCAAAAGAAAUUACACUUGACCACAGGCCUUAUCAUGGGAGCUUUUGUGUUCUGUUGGUUUCCUUUCUUCCAGGCGCAUCUGACACAAAUCCUAUGUCCUACAUGCUGCGUACCAGCUUCAUUGCUUAAUUUCCUUGCAUGGUUGGGUUAUUGCAACAGUGCCCUUACACCCAUAAUCUACACAACGAAAAGGAGUGAACUUAGAAAAGCCUUCUGUAUUUUAUUGCGAAACAAGAGAGCAUGUGAAAACGCAUACCCAUCUUUAUAUGCUGCCUCCAUUACAUCAUUUCGAAUGGCACCAUUCACAUUAUCCCCUUUUUCACCGGCAUCAACUAAUCUCCCGAGAUCAAUUCGCCGAAACACGGAGUCCCGACUAAGUUUUAAUUUUAUAAACGAACCUACCACCAACCAACAUGUAAUAGCAGCAUGAUAGGAAAGGAGAAUAAUAGAAAUAUACAAUUUACUGCUGUUAUGUGCGGAUUUAUUUUAUUUUGUUCUAUAGGUUUUUUAUGGUAUCCAAGUUUAAACAAAAAUGUUUGUCAAAAAUUUAGGCAAUUGUCGUGUUUUACUAGUAGCGUCAUAUUUGUAAACGUAAUAAUACACGAUGUUAUGUCACAUAGCUAGUAUGAUAUACAAGCUGACAGCCAAUAAACAAUUGU